AUGUCUCUUUUGCUAAGCGAAAGCGGCUUGUCCGCUGCCGCGACUGAUUGCUCCUCCAAUAUCGCGUCCUCAACCUCAACUCCCCCUACCAGUGUUUCCGAUAUUGCAAGCCAGGCCUCGGACGGCCCCAAACUUGACGACGUGUCUGUCCUCCUCGAGACCGAAACGCAUAUUGAAGCCCAAAUCGAAGCUCAAAUCGAAUUUCCCGCCGAGGCAACUACUACAACACCCGCCGAUCCGACUCCCGAAACACCCUCAGGACCUCCGUCGUCAGCACCGCGCCCACGUCGUUCGUGCUCCGGAAAUCAAACAUAUAACUUGUCUGAGCUAAGCGGCACGGCAAACCGUGGAAAGCGACGCGCCAAGGGUGACGAUGUGGCCAGCCGCCGCAGAACAAUUUCUGGCGACACACUCGUAAAUGGCGAGUCUAAUGCCGAUGCUGUGGUACGGGUGGCUGGCAAUCUCGUCCGCGAUGGAAUUGACGCGCUGGACCUUCAAUGGUCCGUCGGCGAGAUCAAGGCCCCGCGCGCGAAGAAGGCCAAGACAGAAACACCCCGGCUUACCCGCCAUACGGCGCGUCUAACCAACACUCCGGUCGAGACGCUUGCAAACAAGGUCUCCAAUCUCGGCAAGCGCAGCCGUAAGACUUUCGAGAAGAACAUGUCCAAAAUGUCCCGUGAGCUGCGCCGUCUCCAGGACACAAACGAGUUUGCUGGCAUCGAAGAAAAACCCGUUAUCAGAACUGUCUGGUCUAACGGAAAGUUGGUGAUUGUGGACGAAAAUGGUAUCCCAAUUCCACCCAAGAAGAAAGCCAAGCCCGAGGAGCCCAAGAAGGAACAAGUCGCUGCAGAGAAGCCCGCGGAGGUUGAGGCUCAACCCAAAAAGACGAAGCGCACCAAGAAAUAUCUUACUCGCGGACUGUACGCUGGCCAAGAAACUCCUGCCGACCUCACCAAAGGCCUCUCGACUGCUGAGCAGAAAAAGCUCUCCCAGACGCCCGAACUUCAAGGUUAUGGUCGCCCCAACAAGGCACUUCCUCUACCCAUGUUCAGCGGAUUGCGGCUUCUUCUCAGUGGACGUGACUUCAAGCUGCCGUUCGACGUCUGCAACCCUUUGCCGCCUGGGCAACCGAAGCCUGAUGAGUUUAGAAAGAUGACAAAGAACCGCUUCAUCGGCGACUCGAUCAUUUACUGGAAGAAGACACCGCACUUUGUGGAUCAGUCCAAGUGCGUUUGCAAACCCGAAGACGGCUGCGGCGAAGACUGCCAGAACAGAAUUAUGCUGUACGAGUGUGACGAGAAGAACUGCAACGUUGGCCGAGAGAAUUGCACGAACCGCUCAUUUGCCGAUCUUCAGGAGAGAAAAGCAGGUGGUGGUAAGUACCGUGUUGGUGUCGAAGUUAUCAAGACCGCGGACCGUGGCUACGGCAUUCGUGCCAACCGUUGCUUCGAGGCGAACCAAAUCAUCAUGGAGUACACGGGAGAAAUUAUCACCGACGAGGAGUGCACGCAUCGUAUGGAAACUAAGUACAAGGACAACAAGUGCUAUUAUCUCAUGAGCUUCGAUCAGAACAUGAUCAUUGAUGCGACGACUGGUAGCAUCGCUCGUUUUGUCAACCACUCAUGUGCCCCCAACUGCCGAAUGAUCAAGUGGAUCGUGUCAGGGCAACCCAGAAUGGCGCUUUUUGCGGGAGAUAAGCCCAUCAUGACGGGAGAAGAGCUUACGUACGACUACAACUUCAGCCCUUUCAGUGACGAGAAUGUUCAGAAGUGUCUCUGUGGCGCCCCGAACUGUCGCGGAAUUUUGGGACCCAAGCCGCAAGAGGUCAAGCAACCCAAGCCGCCCAAGUCGACUAUCAAGGCAGUGGUGAAGAGUGCUGUCAAGGCCAGUAAGCGAAAGCUCGAGACGUUGGUUGGCGACGAUGAGAACGGAAGCAGCCCUGCAAAGAAGCGCAAAAUCAAGGCCGCCAAGGGAACCAGGCACUCGCUCUCCGCAGCUGCGAGUCUGAAGACCGUCAGCAAGGCUGCCGUCAAGGGGGCGGCCACGGUCAAGAGACGCGUAUCCGCCAUGGCAAUCUUAAGCGGCAACACAAAGACCACUCCCUCGAAGGCAUUAACGAAGGCGACUCCUGCUAAGACAUCUACCAAGAAGUCUGCACCAAAGAAGUACACUGCACCCAGUCCUGCGCGUAAAGCUACGGCAGUCCGUAAGUCGGGCACUGGAAAGGUGCUAAAGACAUACGGAAAGGGAUCUCCUAAGAAGGUUUCCAGCCGGGCACCAAGCAUGACUAUUGUGGCAGCUACCACUGAUGAUGACGUAACGCCGGUGAAGAAGACGACUAGCAAAAUUGCCACCAAGCUCCAUAGAAGCCUUAGCAAGGCCUCUCGUAAUGCACUGGAGGAGCUGUCUCGGGAAUCGACAAUCAGGCUUGUGAGCCCUGAGCUUGUUAGCCCCCAGGCCACUAUCACUGCUCGGCACUGA